AUGCCCGAAAUUUCAGUGGAUGUCCUGGUCAUUGGCGCUGGCCCAACGGGCUUGGGAGCGGCCAAAAGACUGAAUCAGAUUAACGGCCCAUCGUGGAUGAUCGUCGACUCGAACGAAACUCCUGGUGGCCUCGCCUCGACGGACGUAACCAAGGAAGGGUUUCUGUAUGAUGUCGGCGGCCAUGUCAUCUUUUCUCACUACAAGUACUUUGAUGACUGCAUCGACGAGGCCCUGCCCCAAGAGGAUGAUUGGUAUACACAUCAAAGGAUAUCCUAUGUCCGCUGCAAGGGCCUAUGGGUUCCCUACCCUUUCCAGAACAACAUCUCCAUGCUGUCCAAGGAAGAUCAAGUCAAGUGCAUGGAUGGCUUGAUCGACGCCGCUUUGGAAGCCAGAAUUGCCAAUACAAAGCCCCAGAAUUUUGACGAAUGGAUUUUGCGCAAUCAGGGCGUUGGACUUGCCGACCUCUUCAUGCGGCCAUACAACUUCAAGGUCUGGGCCGUUCCUACCACCAAGAUGCAAUGUCAAUGGCUGGGCGAACGUGUAGCUGCCCCAGAUCUCAAGAAGGCCGCACAGAAUGUGAUUCUGCAAAAAACCGCAGGCAACUGGGGACCCAAUGCCACAUUCAGAUUCCCUGCCCGGGACGGAACCGGGGGGAUCUGGAUAGCGGUGGCCAACACUCUGCCGGCCGAGAAGAAGCGUUUCGGCAAGAAAGGCGCGGUCCAGAAGGUCAACGCAGAUCAGAAACAGGUGCUUCUGGAAGAUGGCACCAUCGUGAACUAUCAACGACUUAUCAGCACCAUGGCCAUCGACUUCUUGGCGGAGGCCAUGGAAGAUGAGAAGAUGAUCUCUCUGUCCAAGGGCUUGUUCUACAGCAGCACCCAUGUCAUCGGUGUCGGUCUCCGUGGCACGCGGCCCGAGCGGAUAGGUGACAAAUGCUGGCUCUAUUUCCCCGAAGACAAUUGUCCAUUCUACCGCGCCACCAUCUUCUCGAACUACUCGCCAUACAAUCAGCCACCAAAGGAUGUCAAAUUGCCGACUCUGCAAUUAGCCAACGGAUCCCGUCGACAAAGCAUGCAGGCCAAAGAAGGCCCAUACUGGUCAAUCAUGCUGGAGGUUUCUGAAUCGAGCAUGAAGCCUGUUAACCAUGAAACUCUCCUCAAGGACUGCAUCCAGGGUCUGGUCAACACCGAAAUGCUGAAGCCAGAAGAUGAAAUUGUGUCGACCUAUCACCGACGGUUUGACCACGGCUAUCCCACCCCAACGCUGGAACGAGAAGGAGUCCUGAAGCAGAUGCUCCCAGCUCUCCAAGAAAAGGGAAUCUAUAGUCGAGGCCGAUUUGGAUCGUGGAGGUACGAAGUUGGUAACCAGGAUCAUUCAUUCAUGCUCGGAGUGGAGGCUGCCGACAACAUCUGCAACGGUGCCACCGAGCUCACGCUGAACUAUCCUGACUUUGUCAACGGACGACAAAACACAGAGCGUCGCUUGGUGGAAGGAAUGCAAUUGUUUGGCAAGAAGCCCACAUCACAACCGGCCCAGAACGGCAGCGUGGUUGCGGGACGGCGAAUGACGGGGGGGAAGGCUGAACUGCGUGGAUGA